AUGGCAGGAUUUGGGCGCUCAAACUCGUUGAGUAUCAAUACUGGUGGGGGUGGAUUGUUCGGAAACAAUGCGAACCAAGGGCAGCAGGCAAGCCAGCCUCAGAGCAGCGGAGGGCUCUUUGGGUCUACCCAACAACCACAACAAGCACAGUCAGGAUCGCUCUUCGGCGGCCAAACCCAGACUUCCCAGCCCUCAAGCGGCAGCCUCUUUGGCAAUUUGAACAAGCCUGCGACGACAGCGCCGGCGAGCGGAGGACUCUUUGGCUCAUCUACAGCGCAACCAACACAGCCCCAGAGCGGAGGCUUGUUCGGCGGCGCGUUGGGCGGAAAUACUCAAAAUCAGACGCAGAACGCGCCCCAAUCCGGUGGGCUAUUCGGAGGCACCCAGUCGAAGCCGUCGCUGUUCGCCUCUUCAACACAACAGACAACAACACCCUCUUUAUUCGGAAACAACACAUCCACUCAGCAAAACCAAACAUCGACCCCGUCGCUUUUCGGUUCGACCCAACAGCAGGCUCAGCCACAGCAACAGAACAGUCUUUUCGGUGGCACCAACACACAAAACAGGUCGAAUACACUUGGUGGCUGUACGCUUGGAGGAACCCAGAUGAGCUCAAGCGCACAGCCGGUGCAGAUGACCCUAGACUCGAUACGAGGAACUACGCGGUUCAACGACUUGCACCCCGAAAUACAAAACCUCAUUCAGCAAUUCGACGACGGCAUUCAGCGCAAGGUCAACUACUGCAACCAGAUCCGCGAGGCUCUUCCCGGCAGUGAGGGCGACAUUUCCACUAUCGCGCCUGACGUAGCAUACAUCGAGACCAUCCUCUCCACCGUCGAAGUUGGCCUGGACAACGAUUCUGCCAACAUUGCACACCUUAAAAAUCUUGUCAAGAAAGACGCCGACGACGCGACUCUCAGCUUCCGUGCCAUCGAAAAUCAACGGCUGCCAGCACAAUUUCAUUACCGCAAUAAUGCCAACCUUACAGCUUCAAGCACAAAGGCCCCCGCAACAAGCGCUCUGGAUGAUGACGACCCGACAAAGCCUGUUGACCUGAUGGGCUACUUCAACCGCCGUACUGAUGAGCUCGGCAGUACUCUGGAUGUGUACCAGCGCCAGAUCCGCGAGAUUGAAGCACACUUACGAACGAUGGAGGCUGGCACGAUGGAGAAGGCUGAACAACUGACUGGCAGCCGAAGCGCGCCCCGUGAUCAGCGCCGUGAGCUCGUCGAAGCUCUCAAGGCCAUUGAGGGGGCUAUCCUUGACUCAGCCAAGAAAGUGGGCAAGGUACGGGACGAUGUGACGAAACAGACGUUAGGAAACGUAGGCGCCGCCCUGCUCUGA